CGUAUAUCUCUUUGGGGGGAGAGGCGUGAUGCUGCUUGGUGUAGACAUCUUGAAGCCGGGCGGAAGUUAUUUAUCGGUGUUAUCUCCCUUUUACGUAACCACUACAAGAAACUGCAGGUGUCAUUUUCCCCCGCCUCCUUCCUAAUAACAAAUAGCAACCGCUAAAGGAGGAGCAAAGCGGGUUAGAAUGCGCGUCCAGCGGAACUCUAUGCGACUGCGCACUCAGGCCUGAGACCCCCCUGCACAUUCCUGUGUAAUGAGCUGUACGCUGCCUUUUGCUACCUUGCUUAUGGGCCUACUGCUGACAAGAACCAUGGCCUGGACCUCAACUGGCAAGACGCACGCUGAACUGCUCAACAAUCUUUACAAAAAUGGUGUGAUUAAGUCUCAGCGAGUCUUGGAUGUAUUGUUGGCCACAGACAGAGCCCACUAUAUCAAGUAUUUUCCAUACAUGGAUUCUCCUCAGUCACUUGGAUACAAGGCGACAAUCAGUGCACCUCACAUGCAUGCUCAUGCUCUCGAGUUACUGAAGGACCAGCUAGUGGAAGGAGCAAAGGCAUUGGAUGUUGGAUCAGGAAGUGGAUACCUCACAGCUUGCUUUGCUAGAAUGGUGGGUCCCACAGGGAAGGCAGUGGGCAUUGAGCACAUUGAAGAGCUGGUUCAUGAAUCCAUGAGAAAUGUCAGAGAGGAUGAUCCAACGUUGCUCAGCUCCGGCCGUGUGAAACUUCUAGUUGGGGAUGGCAGGAAGGGGUACCCUGAGGAAGCCCCUUAUGAUGCCAUCCAUGUGGGAGCAGCUGCACCCACAGUGCCAAAGGAGACAGGUGUGUUGGGUUGGACUGGCAAGGAUCCCAUUGUUGCUGAUCUUUCUUCUUGAGUGUAACAAUGUGGGAAUUACCAAGGUAUGCCAAGGCUUUUGUCAUGAAAGCAGAGUGCAUAGAUGUGAAAAGAAAAAUCUGCAUAGAUGGAAAGGUCCAAUAAUUCAAUCAGUACUUCUAAUGGGUGCAUCUCUUAGGUUUGUAGCACUGGCUCAAGCUCUUUCGUGAGGGAGGAGAUUUACCUCUGUAAGCCUUAUCUGUGUUUGUCCUGUUGAGCUAAUUGGCACAUUAGCUGGCUGCUAUCCUUUUUGCAACAGAGUGGGCAGAGUGGCCUUGACAGAGUUAACCUGCUUUUAGUUAGCUUCUGGGGUCUACUUAGGAUAUCCCAGCAUUAGGGAUGGGGUGCAUCUGCUCCCCUUUACAAUUCACUUGUUGGGAGCGAAAUCUAGGGAUGACUGGCCCACUGUCACUAAGUGACCUGUCCCCAUGUGCUAUAAACAGAGAGCUCAUGAUGCUGUGAAUGGCAUAGAUCCGGGUUACAUGAGAAAGCACCAUCCCCACAACUUAUUAAGGUCAUCAGGAGGGGUCUGUCUUCAGAUGCCCCAGUUCAUCUGUUGGUGACCUGGGAUCAGACCUUCUCAGUUGUCUCCCCUGGGUUGUGGAACACACUCUCCAUGGAUACAAGAGGAUUAUCUUCCUUGAAGGCUUUCAGGAGAGCCUUAAAGACCCAUCUUUUUAGCCUGACUUUUAUAUCUAGUUUUAAUUGUAAUGAGUUUUAAUCUGGCUGAUUUUUUUGGUUAUGUGCAUUUGAUAUUAAUGUAAACUGCCCUGAGCCACUUUAGUAAGGACGGUAUAUAAAUUGAAUGAAUAAAUCAAAUAAAUAAAUAACAUUAGUCCCUUAAGGAUUGUUUUCUUCUGUAAUUCUGCUAGUGGAAUAUCUUUUGCUGGAGAAAUGUUUGGGGUUUUUUUAAUGCCUGGCACUUUUUUGUAAUCAAUUUUGAAAAACAUUGGGGGCACAGAAGCAGUCUGAUUGAAAUAGAACUGCCAACUGCAGUAACUGCAGAUGCAUAGUAGAUGAGAUUAUUACAUAUUAUAUAAUAACAAAAACUUCUAAAAUACACUUGAUGUAUAAAAGUAAAAUGAACAGACCUGUAGUCACAGGCUCAAAAUCUAAAAAAAAAAAAAAAAAAUGAAAUGAGAGGGGACCUUGAAGGAGCAAGGGAAAUUCAUAUAUUUUAUUUUGAUCAAUAUACUUUGAUACAGAAAUAUGAAAGCUUAUAUUGUAGGAAUGUGCAUGAAAUGGAUUUUGUGGUUGUUGUUUUCAAGCUUGAAAUAAAACUCAGAUGGCUGAAACAUUUCGUUGAAACAGUGGUCAACCCAGUUGUUUUGAUGGAACAAAACUCAAAACGUUUGAGUGUUUUGGCCAUAGAGAGCAAUGGGGGAAAUUCAAAACACUCCAUUGUUCCCAAUGGGCAGCUCCUAGGCACACCGAAGUGGGUGGUAGGGCAUGAUGAGUGCUACCCAGCACCCAACCCACAAAAGAAAUAGGCAAGCUGGAGAUUUUUAACCUUUCCCCAACACCUCUAUAGGAUCACAAGCCAAUACCAGAAAACCAAUCAGCAAGGGAAAAACAGGCCUCCAAAAUGGCACCCAAAACGUUUAGAAUCGAAACAAAGUUGUCUUGUUGUCUUGUUCCAAGCUCAAAACAGGCCCUUUAUUUAAAGGUUUUGUUUCAAGCUCAAAAUGGCCCAUUUCAAGUCAAUGUUUUGCUCAUCCCUAUUGUGUUUUGCUGCUCUGGGAAGAGCAUCUAGGUUCCAGGUUCCCUCCCUGGCUUCUCCAAGAUAGGGCUGAGAGAGAUUCCUGCCUGCAACCUUGGAGAUGCCGCUGCCAGUCUGUGAAGACAAUACUGAGCUAGAUAGACCAAUGGUCUGACUCAGUAUAUGGCAGCUUCCUAUGUUCCUAUUCCAUGGAAUGCUUUAUCAGGUAAAAUCUCAUGUAGUGAAAGGCAACUUAAAAGUACAUUGCAAGUUUCCAAUGUUGACUUCUCAUAACUCCUUACAUUUGCUAAGGAACUGGAUGUCAAUGCUGUUUGGCUUUCUUCCCCUUUUGUCACAUGGAAACUCAA